CAGGUGUUCUUGUGCGCUCGGUGAGCGUGCGCAGGUGACGCGGUGCGGAGCAACACCAACGACCCGCCCUUGCCACACCACUCGACCAACAACCAUCAACCCGAAACCGCCUGGGAUGGAUGGCAGGCCGCCAACCCAGCAGCACCCGCCACCCCACCCACAAAGCAUGUCAUCAACCCAUGGUCUUCCCUCAAAACCGUCAGCCAUCUCAAGCAACAACGGCAGCAGCAGCGCCGCCACCAGCCAGCCAAGCACCCGCUCCAACGGCGGCACACACGCCGCAAUGAGCCAACCGCAGCAACAACAAUGGCGCCCGUCGCCAGCCACAUCGCAAACGCCACAGCAGCCGCAGUUUCGAAUCCCUUCCGGCGCACCGCCAACCUCGCUCGGCACCGCCUCCUCGCGCUGGCCACAGACACAGCCACAGCAAGGUGCUGCAAGCUUGUCGUCAUCUCAACAGCAGCAGCUCAUCAAGCUUCUUCAGCAGCGCCAGCAGCAAGUACAACAAACGCAGCAGGCACAGCAACAGCGGCAAGGCGGACAGCCGCCAAUGUCACACUCGUACGUGCCCCGUUACCAACCAGCACAAGGCGCCAUCAACACAUCUAGCGCCUCUGUUUACCAGCAGGCUGCGCAGCGCCAACACACAUCCCCUCCCCAGCAACAGCAACAGCAACAGCAACAGCAACAGCAACAGCAACAGCAGUCCAAGUUCACCUCCCACCCGUCCUUUCGACCCCUGCCCCUGUCGCAGGCAAGCCAGAUACCACGGCAGCCACAGCCACAACCACAAACAACAGCAGCAUCCGCAGCUGGCAUGUUGAGGCAGCAUGGCAACACAGGCGUGACAGGUGCCAGCACUGGGCCCCACUAUGCGGGCCAGCGACAGCACCAGGCGCCGCUCCAGCGCCAGGCGUACGGUCGACAAGCAAUGCCAUCAUCCUCGUCGGCAUCCACAUCAUUUGCGCCCGCGUCAGUUGGGCCGGGCGCUGUGGCACAGCAACGACAGCACCAGCAGUACGCACAGCAGGGCCAUAGGUCACAGCAGCAGCAACAGCAGCAACAGCCACAAGCAGCACUGGCGCAGCAGCAGCAACAGGCAACACAAGGACAGCAACAGCAGUCGCAGCCGACGCAAGGGCAGCAGCAGCAGCAGCAGCAGCAGCAGCAGGCACCGCCGCAGCGUCGACAGGAGCUUGAAGCGUGGUACAAGGCUGUUGUUGUGCAGCUCCCGUCGGCCGAGGCGGCGACGCUGCGCUACGUGCUGAAGAAGCAGCCAAACAUUGUGGGCACCAUCAUGCGGUGGGACAUUGGUGUGCUGCGUAAGUAUCUCCAGCACACGCUGUCCACGUCGCUCGCCCAGCACCAGCAGCGCUCUGCUGCCCAGGGUGGCGCAAAGACCGAACACCCACUGUCACAGCACCAGCAGCACCAGCAGCACCAGCAGCCCGGUGGUCGCAAGCCUGCACACCUGUCUGCUGCGGCACGACAGGGCUUCACCCCAGGCCAGACAGCCACGGGUGCACCGCGCCCUGCAAACCAGCAACACCAACAGCCACAACACCAGCACCUCAGCCGCGUUGCUAGUGGCGUGAUGUCUGGCAGCAGCCGCGCCUCUGCUCCGUCAACCAUCGCAUCCAAUCCCGCGGCGGCGGCGGCCGCUGCUGCUGUUGCCAUUCGCUCGCAGCGGGCCGCUUCUGCCGGUAGUGCAACGGCACCUCAGACAGCAGAUGCAUCGACACACUUGUCCCAGCUGCGAGCGGCUAUUGCCACUCUGUCGGCGAAGAAGGGCCACCUGCAGCGCUCAAUCCCGUCGUGCACCCCACAGCAGGCAGCGGUUGCGCGCACUGCUCUUGCGGGUGUUGAGAGUCAGUUGAACGAGCUUACCCGGCGCUACACGCAGCUGCAGGCCAGCCUCUCCCGCGCCUCACAGCUUGGCGGUGCCAUUCGGUCUGCAACAGCGCCGUCAACAGCGACAGCGCAGCCGAAGCAGGCACUAACAGCAGCACCAACGCCACCAGCGGCUGCAGCCGCUGCUGUGGCUGCAGCGAAGAGGCCGACGGGCCGUGGAUCUCGUGGUCGCGGCGGCGCAGUCAGCAGCACAGCGAACGUGAAUUACGGGUCCAAGACCACAUCGCGCUCUUCAAACCGCGGCCGCCGGUCGACAGCAGGGCAACGCAUCUCAGCAACGCCGACUGUUGUUGCGAUGGACGUGUUCAAGGCAGACAUCAAGAAGCGUCUGAAGCACGCCCGCAACGAAGCAAAGGUGAUGGCGGCAAGGCGCAAGAAGGCCGAGCCAAAGCCGAAGCUUAGCUUUGAGAAGACGUUUAAGCCAGACCCGCUCAAGUGCACACGAAAGCGCGCCAAGCUCUCUGAUCACCACGUCGUUGAAGAAUCAGACCCGCCCCCGUUUGCAACUGUGACCGACGCAUUCAAAAGGCUACUUUCAUAUCACGCGCUCUCCUUCGAAGUGCCAGCAGAGGAAGAGACAGAUACAGCUGAGGACAUUUACACGCGUGCGGCGGACAUGCUGCAAUCGCGCGUCAACAACCUCCACCGCGAGUACCAGGCAACCGCUCUUCGCGUUGCGGCGAACAACUUGUCUGACACGGCUCUGACGGUUGGCAACGAGCAUCGCCUGAUGGAGGCGUGCAAGGAGGAGACUGCAAAGGCGCGAAAAGAGAUUGAGGAGGACGUGCAGCGCCAACGAUUGAAAAAACAGGAGGAGGAGCGUGCUGCAACGGCGCGUUUGGCGGCAGAGUUGUUUGCAUCCACAGAGCUCACCUCUCAAUCCAGUCGAGAACACAUGUCUGUUUCAGACUUGGAACGGAUGAUGUUCAUGUAG